AUGCAGUGGAAGCAAGCUGCCAUCCGUUGACAAGAUGCACAACUUGCUUUCUUCUUCUUCUUUUGGCAUAGCAGCAGUGCAGCCUCCAUUAUAACUAGUCCUCGUGUGACUUUGAUUCUCCACCAUUCCAAGCUCUAGCUGCCAUGAAGCUCAUUCUUGUCUUCUCCAUUCUUUUCCUCUCCUGUAUCCAUGGCGCGAGCUCCGACUCACGCUUCUUCACCGCCAUGUAUUCCCUUGGGGACUCCUACAUCGACGCCGGCAACUUCCUGAUCAUGGCUGCCGCAAUGGUUCCGGCUGUGCCUGUCUGGCAUGACAAGCUUCCUUACGGGAUGACCUUCUUUGGCCACCCCACGGGCCGCCUCAGCGACGGCAGAAAUACCAUCGAUUUCAUCGCCCAAAAGUUUGGUCUCCCCCUUCUUGGACCCUCCCUGCUGAAUAACUCGGACGCCUCCAAAGGCGUAAAUUUCGCUGUCGGCGGCGCGCCGGCGAUCGACAUCGACUACUUUGAGAGGAACAAUAUAGUUCAGUUUAAGCUUCUGAACAAUUCUCUGAGUGUGCAGUUGGGUUGGUUCGAGGAACUUAGGCCGGCGAUUUGCAACAAGACCGAGACCUCAGGGUGCAGAGGUUGCUUCAGUAAGGCUCUCUUCUUCGUCGGGGAGUUUGGAGUGAACGACUACAACUUCCUAUGGUUUGCCGGCAAGGCUGAAGACGAAGUGAUGUCGCAUGUACCUACAGUUGUCAAAAACAUCGCCGCGGCCGUGGAGGGGCUCAUCAAAGGAGGCGCGGUUUACGUGGUGGUUCCGGGGAAUCCACCGCUGGGGUGCUCACCCACCAUGCUGACGAGCCGCUCCGGCCUCAACACGACGGAGUACGACGACAUGGGCUGCCUUACCGACAUCAACCGCGUGGCCAGGCACCACAACUCCCUGCUCCGUUCUUCAAUCGUCUCUCUCAGGGGUAGGUACCGCCGUGCCACGAUCAUCUUCGCCGACUUCUACAGCCCCAUCAUCAAGAUCCUCCGCAACCCCAGCCAUUUCGGGGUGGCGGAGGCGGACGCUCUCCGGGCUUGCUGCGGAGCCGGCGGCCCGUACAACUGGAACGGCAGCGCCAUCUGCGGCAUGCCGGGGGCGACCGCGUGCGAGAACCCGUCGGCGUUCGUCAACUGGGAUGGGGUUCACUACACCGAGGCCACCAACGGGUACAUCGCCGAUUGGUGGCUCAACGGCCCUUUCGCCGACCCGCCUAUAAUGAGCGUUGUUCGCUACUAGGUUAAGUUUAAGUGGAGGAGAAACUUGAAAAGCAUUACAGGCGACGUAUGUACGUACAGUAGUAAAAGUUUUUUUUUUGAACGGGAAAGGCCAGAGCGGCCCUUAUAUUGCAUGUGAAAGAAUAAUUACAUCAUUUGCUAGAGUAUCUAUGAGAAAGCCACGAGGCUCCUCCAUCCACUUUAUA